CGCUACGUUAUUUCUAGUCUUGGAGUGCCUAAUGUCGGUGUGGAAAAUAAUGAAGGACAUAUUGGAACGUAGAAACAGAAAGUAAGUCAAAGUCGUCCUCCUUGCGACAAUUCGGUGCGUGCAAGACAUGAUGUGUCCUAUCAUCUAUAAUCAGUCGUGCAAUUUCCCUUAGACUUAGUGCUAGAGAUGAAAAAUCGUACAAACAUAGUACUCGUCAAUUCGUACAGGUACAGCGGUCAAGUAAGCAUCGCAACAUCAUUCGUGGUCGUGCUACUGCUGCUUUCGUCGUGUAUUGAAAUAAUAAUAAUUUCAUUGCUACGUCGUACUUGCUUCCAGGACCCAAAAGUUUGAAUGUAUAUGCAAACCUGCUACUGACAAAUUACCGUAUAUUCGCAGUACUUAUGACUAGUUGAAAUUGGAAAUGUUUUCUGUUUCAAUAUAGUGUUGCUGCAUCAUGAGUGUCUAUUUACGAGCCGAUAUCAUGGACCCAUUCGUCCUAUUAAUAUUGCGCGUAACAAGAAACCUAUGGUAGGGUGUAGUCUGCAUUUAUUCUGCUCAAAGAAAUCAAUUUUAUUCACAUCAUGACGCAUACGCAUUUCUUCUUUACCUUUCGUACGGCAACAUCAGCAUCACUAGGCUGUGGGCGUGCGCCCGAAGCCCUUCUUGCUAGUUCCCGUUGAGUGUUGCGAAAAAAUGAAAAAGCGUAGCUAUACAACAAUAAAGGGAAGAGCCUUCUACUUUUGAUCGUUCGUAGAGUCCCGCCUUGAUUUAUUUCACGAAGAACUGCAGCGCCACGACGAUGCCGCUGUCUCAGUUUUUCGAUUUGCUGGAGCAGCGCAAGGCGGCACGUUUGGUGUUCGGCCACGAGACGAUGAUAAAGCUGCGGACGGAACUGCGCGACAACAGCACCUACGUGGAACGGCUCGACAAGAACUUCAUUGACAUCCACUGGAUUGAGGGCGAACUCCGCAAGCUGUCCGCCCCGCUGCGGUCCGUGACGCUGGCCGCCCUGGACGCGGAGGAGGACACCCUGGAGCAGGAGGCGGCGCGCGUGGCAAUGGCCGAGGCGUUCCGCCGUGAGGGGGAUGUUGUGGUCGAACAGGAGCCCGACCUGACGGAUGAAGAGGAACAGCACGCGAAGAGACAAGCGCUGGAAGACGCGAAACUGCAGCGGGCCGCGAUCGAGCUGCAAAAGCAAGGCGAGACGACGGACGAGCACAAGGUGAAGAGACUGUACCAGAUGAUGAUCCGACAGAUCGAACAGCACAUGGACAAGGGGAUCGAAUCCGAGCGGGAACUGCUGGACUACGAGGAAUUUCUGGACACCUGGACCUCCACCUCCCCCUCGUGGGUGGAGCGGCACCGCCUGGCGUGGAAGGGACUCAUCAUCCUCGCGUUCUUCUCGGUCGGCCCGUUCUUCUACUGCGUCGGCUCGAACGACGACAUGAACGCGGAGGGGGUUUGCACCAACGACCAGUACUCCAGUGGCCUCACCAAGGCCUUUUACUUCGCGGCGGUCACCCUGACCACCGUCGGCUACGGCGACGUGGUGCCCAUGAGCGACAGCGCCAAGGUCUUCACCUGCGUGUACAUUUUCGUCGGAUUGGGCUUGGUGGCCAACGCGAUCAUGGAUGCCAUGGCCGACGUGCUGGAGUGGUACGCGGACCGGCUGGAGGCGGCUGAGAAAAAGAGACGCGAGCAAGAGGACGACUUUCUCUCGAAAAAGAGCAGCAAAGCCAGCCCGGACGGGGCGAGCCCGAAGUUCGGCCGCUUCAACACGGUGGCGCUGCUCGACGAGGACGAAGACGACGGGAUGAGUCUGCAGAAAAACGACAAAAAGCCGAAGAUCGCACUGAAUCGGUCGGCGACCAUGUCCACAAACUCGGCCAUGUCCUUCGUGACGCCGUCGAGCCCGCUCGGCGCCGGAGGUGGGAUGAUCUCUGCUGAAAGCGAGAUCGAGCUGGAAUUCAAGAACGCACAGGAAGACCGAGUCAGUGCUCUUGAUGCACCGGAGGUUGAGGGGCAGCACGCGCAGAUUGUAAUUGUAGGCGAGGACGACGACGAGCACGAGGGGAGUCAGGAACUUUGGAACAGGUCAACAUCUACUGGCGAUAGAACAAUCUUCAGGGGACGCACAACGUCGAGAACUUCUGCUAGAAAUCACACAGCUUCAUCAACAUCGCUCCCUUUUGGUGAUGUGCGAGUGCGUCGAGACCGAGAUCGAAGUAGAAGAAGAGACUUUCUAGACCAGCAGGCCGCAUUAGCCUUCUCUUUAACAGAAGCCAGUGGAAACGAAAUAGCAACUACGUCGAGCAUAAUAGAGCAGGGCGAUAUUCGUCGCGACCAGAGUAUUGACUGCGCUAGCGACGAACUAGACCACUUUUCAUCUACCCCGUCCAGCGCACGAGGACGCGCCUCUUGCAGCCGACUGGACGUCGACUCAGAGGACGGCAACAGUACAACAAGAGAUUGUCUUGAUUUCGACGACGAUGUUGAUAACCCACCGCGGCUAGUCCGACUGUUAGGCCCGUAUUCCACCGAGCGAGUGAACUUCAUCGCCGAGGGUGCUGAGGACGAUCAUAGGUUUGACGAUAACAAAAGCGAUAACUCGUCCCUCACCUCCAGCAGGGCCAGCAGCCAGCGCGAGAUUGCGAACGCCUACCUUGCAGAAUCCGGUUUCCGUAGGUGGCGAAAUAGGCCGGGGUAUUUUGGCCCCGCUGCGGGGGGGCAGCCGGUGCAACAGCGGCAGUCGAAGAGGCAUAUUUCUCGACGUUCUUCUCUCGAUGAAAACAAGGAUUACACUGCAGCCUCAUCUGCAUCUUCAAGACGAGGACCUUUACCCGGCUCUGCAUCCAAGGACGACCCGCCAAAUGUCUACAGGAAUUUCUAUUGUGAGGGAGACCACGCGAUGCCCGGUGCAAAAUUGGCGCUGCACCAAAGUCGCAAGGGCGUCAGUGACGAGCUGAUCGAGAAGGCAGCGAUCGACGUUGCGGACCGGGCGGAAAAGCUCUACAGCCCGCGGCCUGGCGACGACGGAGAUGAUCAAAAUCUUCGCGGAGGGGGCAGCCCCAGCGGCAGCAAGAGCGUCACUUUCGGUAGCGGUAAAUUAGAUCUGGCAGAGCAGAACGAGCGGGAGCGCAAGCGCAAGGAGGCGUUUGUCAGUGACGUGCAGGGGCAGAUAAAGUCGAUGCUAAACAUGGCCGGCGGAGGCGUCCGCAUGCUGCAGACAAAAGGUAGUACGCAGAGAUUUGGCGACCAAUUGCACCGUGCCGGCGACCUGACCAGACAUGUAUAGUCGAAUUUAGGUUUUUUUGAUUUUUGAUCGUUGCGUGGGCAAGCUCGACCAUGUCCAUGCGUUCUGUUGAUGUUCUAUUCUGUUCUACUCGCCCUUGGCAGGAGGAGUAUGAAGGUGAUCCACCAGAAGAUGAACCGCGUCUCGAUAUAAUAAUGAAGUUCGCACUUGAACAUAAACUUAUGUUGAGUUUUGCUCUGAAGUCCUAAUGUACUAAAGUUUUCGCUUUUCUACUUCCCUGAUCGCCAAGAAGCGAUUAUCAAUUUUUGAACCUCAGUUGCGGCCGAGGACCGGGACCUACCAGUGGCUCCAGAACAACUCGUCUUUGUUUCGCAAGGCGGACAUGUGGAUCGUGGGCGAAACGGAGCUCCAGCGAAAGAUUUCGCGUCUGACCUACACGAAGGUGCUGGAGUCCGCCUGCCUGAUCUUUUUCCCGAUCAUCCUGGGCAUGAUCGUGGUUAGCAGUGUGGAGGGCGUGACGUUUGUGGACGCGUUGUACUGGUCCACGGUGUCGGUUACCACAGUGGGGUACGGCGACGUGGACAUCAAGGACGGAAAAACCCGGAUGUUCUGCGUCUUCUUCCUGAUGAUUGGGUGCGGCAUGGUCGCAGCCGCGCUGACGAAUUUGGCGAGUCUGAAGGUCGACGUGAAGUCGAAAAUCAAGGAGUUCGAACUGAAGUCCCGCAAACUGACGCCCGAGCUCCUCGCGCAGAUGGACACCAACGGCGACGGGGUGGACGAGUUCGAGUUCUGUCUGGGCACGCUGGUGGCCAUGGAGAAGGUGACGCGGGAGGAUCUGGACCCCAUUUUCGAGAAGUUCCACGAACUAGACCACGACGGCAGCGGGGUGCUCACCAAGGAAGAUUUGCUGCUGGCCGGGGAGGACCCGAACGCACCGAGGAAACCGAUGACCAAAGUGGAAUACCAAGACUUUCAGGCGAAGUUUGAACAUAGAACAUCAACAGAUCAAGGCGGAGAUGUAGGCAUGGACUUGGAUGGUGAUCGAAGUCCAAGCAAUUAUGACGGGCCUUCCAUAGGAGGUUCUAUUAACCCGAACCCGGCGAAAAGGCUGAACCGCCAGAGCACACAGAAGAAUUCCAAAGUCAUCAACCGCCGGGGAUCCGGAUCGGCCAUAGAAACGGCAGAGAUCGAUGACGUGGACGUUGCGGCGUUUCAAAAUCCCGGUGAUGACCAGGCGGAGAGCUAUUUCAUCAACAAAGGCAGGCCCGGAGCCGUUGGUGGACCAGUUUCUCCGGCUACGUCAACGACGGGCUUGAAGAAUAAAACAACAAACCGGACCUCGGCGGCUUUCAACCCCGAGGAACCGACCACGGGGUUGAAGAACAAAACCACAAACCGGACCUCGGCGGCUUUCAACACCGAGGACAGCGACUCCGUGCCGCGCGUCCACCACAUGGACACGGACCUGCACCUGAUGAGCAACUUGCCUGUGCGCAAGUCUAGUGCGAAACUCAGCACACACAACCCCUCGCCCGGCGUGUCCACGGACAGCACAAAUGUUUCGACCGAGGUCGUCACAAGUGCACGAAGUACACCAAAGCCAAUACCGAAGGCGCGACCGGGAUAAAAUAAACCGGGUUUGUUCCUGAUGGUCGCACUGCUUUGACUCGUAAUAAAAGUAGAACUAGGUAGUAAACCUAAAAUUUUUCCCUGACCCCCUCACAAAAAACCAAAAAAAAAAUAUAUGACCUUCUACAAAAACAGAAGUGGAGCUCUUUUACUUUGACAAGCCGCACAUUAUGUCGCACAAGCAUGAGGAGAUCAAGAACAAGUGUCCUUUUCUCGAAGAGGAUGACGCCGACGACAUAAAGAAAUCGAAAUUAAAACGAAGCGGAAGAAAAAAAAAGUCCAGUACACUGCAUAAAAGACGGCCUUUUGCGUUUCCCGCAAAAAUCUUCACAAGGCCUGCGCGUAUCUAAUAGAACACGAUUGUGGUCUGGACAGAAGAUCGAAGGAAAGCUGUUGUGUGAUGCGACGCUUCGCCUAGUGCUGUAGCUUUCUUGUUGAGAAUGUAGCGUAACCUUACUCAGGUCGCUCAGAUAUUCAUAUUUUCGUUGGUGUAUGAUCAUAUGCUCAGCGAUGUAGUACAACAAAAAAAAAAACCGGAAAAAGCACACACACCCACGACUAUUUCCUACGCAGUUCUGAAAGCCUACCUACAAUAACCAAGAUAUGAUCCCUUCGAGUCCGUAUCUUUUUCGCAGAAGCUAGCAGUAGCACUCAGUACACUAAAACACAUACUCGCUUUUCUUUUUUUUUGCAUUAUUUUAUCGCCUCCCCUGUAAGAUUUUUUUUCAUUUUUUGUAAGUAGUACACCGACAAAGGAGUAGUAGAAGCAAGAAGAUGAAAGUGAAACAAGAACAGGAAUUAUCAGAAAUGGGUGGCAAGCUAUAGUUCCGAAAGCGUCGGCCUUGAGCUUGCCAUCUGCCUGUUUGUAUGAUAUCCUCCGGCUUUGAUAGAAACUUCGGUCAACCACCGUUGUUGGCG